AGAGCCAAUUGAAAGGAGGAAGGGGCGGGCUGCGGACAGCCGGCUUCCGGUUCCCUUGGGCUCAAGCCUCUCCUAAGCUACGUGUCUCUUCUCUCUCAAGCCGCAGUCCGUCAAUCAUGGAUCAGGUAAUGCAGUUUGUUGAGCCGAGUCGGCAGUUUGUAAAGGACUCAAUUCGGCUGGUUAAAAGAUGCACCAAACCUGACAGAAAAGAAUUCCAGAAAAUUGCCAUGGCCACAGCAAUAGGAUUUGCUAUCAUGGGAUUCAUUGGCUUCUUCGUGAAACUGAUCCAUAUCCCUAUUAAUAACAUUAUUGUGGGUGGCUGAGUUCUUUCUCAUCGUGGGAACUAGUAAACCAAUGAGAGUGUGACGAGCUCAUGAAGUAAAAAGCUGCCUGUGCUUUGUGUUUUCUUUCCUUUCCUCUUCCCCAUGAGGUUUUCUAUCUCUAAAUUAAAAUAAUUUCAAAAUAAACAUUUUCCAUAAGA